GCAGCGAUGGGGGCCAGCGGGGAGGAUGCGCCUGACAGCGACGAGCGCUUCGACGGCAUGUUGUUAGCCAUGGCCCAGCAACACCAGGGUGGCGUGCGGGAGCUUGUGAACACCUUCUUCAGCUUCUUGAGGCGCAAAACUGAUUUCUUCAUUGGAGGAGAAGAUGGUGCUGCAGAGAAGUUAAUCACAGAGACGUUCAGCCGCCACAACAAGCUGGCUCAGAAAGCUCAGAAAGAGAAGGCAGCCCGCCAGGAGGCGGAGCAGCGGGAGAAAGCGGAGCGGGCUGCGAAACUCGCCAAAGAAGCAAAGCAGGUAGAAGGUGAUGCUGAGCCAAAGAUUAAGGAGCUCACUGACGAGGAGGCAGAAAGGUUGCAACUGGAAAUUGAUCAGAAAAAAGAGAAGAAAGAAAAUGAAUCCAAGGAUGUCCCUGUAGAAUCAUCUGAGCAUCCAAUGGAAUCUUCAGGGUCCAGCAAACAGGAGACAGAUGAAGAGGAGGAAGAUGAGAAGGACAAAGGCAAACUGAAGCCGAACUCUGGGAACGGGGCAGAUCUUCCACACUAUAGAUGGACACAAACCCUCUCUGAAGUGGAUCUGGCCAUCCCAUUCAAAGUGAACUUCAGGCUGAAGGGGAAGGACUUGAUGGUGGACAUCCAGCGACGGCGUCUGAAGGUGGGGCUGAAAGGCCACCCCCCCAUAAUUGACGGAGACAUGUACAAUGAGGUGAAGGUGGAGGAGAGUUCUUGGCUGAUUGAGGAUGGGAAAAUAGUCACUGUACACUUGGAGAAGAUCAACAAGAUGGAAUGGUGGAACAAGUUAGUCCAAACAGACCCAGAGAUCAACACCAAGAAGAUUAACCCGGAGAACUCCAAACUGUCAGACCUGGACGGCGAGACUCGCAGCAUGGUGGAGAAAAUGAUGUACGAUCAACGGCAGAAAUCAAUGGGGCUUCCCACAUCUGAUGAGCAGAAGAAGCAGGACAUAUUGAAAAAAUUCAUGGAACAGCAUCCAGAAAUGGAUUUCUCAAAAGCAAAAUUCAACUGAGAUGAUCGUCCCCUCUCAC